CAUAGUGCAUUGCGCAUAAAUGGCCGCCAUGUUGCUGCCGUCUGAAAGAUGUUCGCAACUGUGUGUGUUUUCUAAUGAAUUUUAAGAACUUAUAUAGUUAAAUUACUGUGUUUGUGAAAUUGUGAGUGUACAAUGGUUUUAUAUUUCAUGUAUUAUUGUGAUUGAAAGGUCUAUCAAAUGUCUCUGAAGCCAAUAAACAGUGAAAUUUUCUUUAGAUAGUCAUUCGGUUCGGACGGCAUAAUGGCUGACAAUCUGAUUCAAAAGUCACAUAAAACUAGUGAGAAAAACAAGUAUAACAACGUUGUUCACCGUACGACGAGUGAAUCUCUUCGACUGAACGAGUCGGAGAAGGGGGUGACUCACCCGACAAGUCUGCAAGCCGCCCAUAACCCAAGGAAAAUAUCUUCAUUUCAGAUCACCAGUGUGACGGUCGGCUCGCGAGUGAGCACUGAUGCUGGCGAAGACUCUGCCGACGAUCUUGAUGAAUCUCACACCGACGACAUAUCGAGGGUGACUGACAUUGAGAAUGAAACGCCUAGCUAUUCCGAGGACACGUUCUCGAAAGAUGAUGUGUUUUACAACGCGUCAAGUGCAUCAUUAGGUUGCGCCCCCGUCAUCCCAACCAGCUCGCAAUACGGGCUUGCGAUCGUCGGUCAGGACAACCCUACGAACCAGAUAGGAGGAACAGUGCCAAAUAGUAAUAAUACUGAAGUGUCUGACAUGCAUGUCAGCGUUACUAACGCCGGAGCAGGCAGCAUCAUUAAUCUCAUAGGAAAUGCGAAACCCCAAGAAGGUAUGAAAGAAAUACAAGAACAUGUUAGGAAUGAACGGUUUAAAGUUGUGAAAAUAGAAAGCACUGAGCCUUUUCGUAGAGGUCGAUGGAUGUGUAUGGAUUACUUGGACCAUACUACUCAGCAAAAUGCACCAAUCACUAUAAAUAAUAACCUUGAUGUUUCUGAGACUAAUACGCUGCAGGCUCCUGACAGUGGUGUAGUGAUUAACGAUAGUCAACAUGAUGAAAUGUCAAAUGAUCUGACUAACAAAGGGCCUAAAGAUAUGCAAGGUAAUGCUCCUACUGUGCAGCAACUAGAACAAACUCUUCAGAAACAAUUUCCAAUGGCAUCUCCGGGCCAAUCUUUGACUCAACCUCUUAAUGCCGUACAGCAGCAAAUGCAACCUGUUACUCAAUCAGUAUCAGUGCAAUCUCCACCCUUAGAGAUGCCACAACAAAUGCCAAAUCAAAAUCUGCAGGCGAACCAGCAGCAGGUUGGACAGCAGCAUCCCCAGAGUAUGACUCACAUCACUAUGCAAAAUGCUCCGCAAAGUCAUCCACAACAGACUCAACAACAGCAAGUGCAACAGAUCCCUCAAAGCUUCCCUCAGCACCAGCUUCAGCAAGUGAUUGCCCAAUCUCAGGGAAUGGCAAUGCAACAAAUUCCAAUGCACCAACAGAUGCCGCAGCAAAUGCAACAAAUACCAAACCAACAAAUGCAGCAAAUAAGUCAACAUAUGCCGCAGGCACAAAUACCAAACAUGCCUCAAAUGCAGCAACAAAUGCCCCAGAUGCAGGCUAUGCCAAAUCAAGGACAGAUUACUCAAGUGGCCGCUCAGCAGCCACAAAUGCAACAAAUGCAAAUGCAGCAAAUACAAGGCCAACCUAAUCCACAAAUGCAUAUGCAGCAAACACAAAUUCCCAACAUGGGACAAACUCAUCACAUGCAGGGACAGCAGCCAAUGGGAGCCCAGCAGGCUCAACUCCAGCAUUUGCCAAGUCAAGCUCAGAUACAAGCUUUGCAAAACCAACAAAUACCCAAUCACAUUCAACAGAUGCAGAUGCCCACUCAACUCACUGGAGCUAAUCAACAGAUGCCACAGAUGCAAACUCAAAUGCAUCAGUUGCCAUCACAGCCCCAGCAGUCAGUUGUACCUGGCAUGCAUCCUCAAAUGCAACAACAGGGAAUGUCUGGAGUUCAGCAACAGUACAAUCAAGCUGUGAGUCAACAGUCCAAUGCUCAGUCUAUGAUCACCGCAACCAUGCCAUCGUCACAGCAGCAAAUGGUUCAACCUCAACAUACAGUUCCUCAAUACCACACACAGCAAUCACAGAUGUCCCAGCAGGGGCAAACUUUGCCUCAGGAGGUGCUCACUUCUAUAGUUACAUCACAGCAAGGUGCAACAUUGCCUUCAAAUCUUCAACCGAUGCCUUCUCAACCACAAGGCUCGACAUUACCUGCGAAUCUUCAGAGUCUUACUGCUCAGCAACAACCUAAUACAGUGCAUACUAUUGCUCCUCAGCAAGGUAAUGUGCCACAAGGAAACAUGAUGAUGACCGCAGCUCCACAGAAUAUGCAGAUGACUCUAGACGGGAAUCAGCCUAGUAUGAUACCCGCCUCAGAUCCUAUAUUCAUGCAGCCAACGAACGUCGGUCAACAGAUGCCUGUCGGCCAGCAUAUGGGGCAGCAAAACCUGUUACCUCAGCAAGUGGGAGGACAGGCGCAGAUGGGCGGCGUGCAAUACGUGUCCAAUCAACCGGUGGCGCAAGUCUCAAUGGCACACCAAAACAUUCCGAUGAUGCAGCCCAGCAUGCCGGUCGGUAUGGGCGGCGGAGUCCACCCGAACGUGGUGCAGUCUCAGACCAGUAUGGGUCUGAGCUACGGGAACGUGGUGCCGGUGAUGUCGCAGAGUAGUGUAGCGCCCGUCGAGGCGACCGUCUCGGGGACUAAUUCGCCGGUGGUGUCGAUGCCAGUGAGUUCUACCGCGUAUGUAGCGAACACGGCGCAGCCGGGUCAUGACAGUCAGGGCUUCGGUAGCCCCGUGAGUGCUGUGUCUCAUGCCAUCAGUGGCGCGGUGAUGAGCAGUGUCAAUGUGAAUGCAUGUGAUAGUGGUGCUCCGGAUGUGUCUGCAGACACGCUGCAGGCUGGAGAUACUGGCGAUGGCAAGGAGGAGCAACAGCCCGCGCCGCCACCAGAGGAUGAAAGCGCAUCGGGCACAAGCGCGGUGGCCAUCGACAACAAGAUCGAGCAAGCAAUGGAUCUGGUUAAGAGCCACUUGAUGUUCGCGGUGCGCGAGGAAGUGGAAGUAUUGAAAGAGCGCAUCGCUGAACUAAUGGAGAGGAUCAACCAGCUCGAAGUGGAGAACACAUACCUGCGGGCUCAUGCGAGCCAGGACACCCUGGCGCAGCUGCCUGCCGCGGCUGGCACGAAGCCGCCAGCAGCCCCGCAGGGCCCCCAGCCGCCUGUGUCGUAGGGCGGCGGCGUGGCGCUGCUGAACACGCCCGCCGGCCCCCGCCGGCCAUUGAGGUCCCCGGCCUCGCCCUCGGCGCGCGACCCCGCCCGCGGCACCCCUCCCACGGAGUCACUAAGGCUGUGCUAUGUUAAUUCGUAGGUUAACAAGGAACGAGUGUAAGUACACCGGUCGAGCGCCGAGGGACGCUGCGCGCACUGCGCCGGCGCGUCUCGUAUAAAUCACACAAGUGUCUAGUUAGAGCGGCCGCCGCCCCGGCUGCCGCCUGCAGCGCCCGGGGCGGCUCCCGCGCACUGCACCACCAGACAUUAUGCUUCGGAAACAUAGAUAUAUAUUUUUCUGUUAUUAAUAUUUAGGGUGCAGAAUUUCGUGCUAACUGCCAUGCUUUUGCUACGCAUCUCAGCAACGAGUCUUUAGUGUUUUGAUGUACGUCGUGUAUAUUUUUAUUUGGUUUAACGUUAGGUAUCGCUAUCCACGUAAUGUAUUCCAUUUAAGAUAACUUGUAAGACGUGUGUUAAUAUGAUAAUGUAAUGAAAUAGUUGAAUAUUCCUAUGCAUUGAACAAUGACUGUGUGUUAAUUUAUUAUCUAUAUAUUUUUUUAAUGUAAUGUUAAGUUAUUUAUCAGGUUUCUCUGUAUGUAUACUAGGAUGCAUUAAAUUGCAAGUGUUCCUGAAGGGCCGAUAACAAUGAUCUGUCGUUAGCAAUAUGUACUGAAUGAGUUGUGUGCAGUUUUCAUUUAGUUGGUACUGUUAAUUACAUAUUUACGAUAAAGUAAUAUAGAAGUUUGAAUGUAUGUUAUCCACAGUCGUAAUGUGUACCGUUGUACUGAGCAGUCGUUUACAAUUAGAAUCGUUGCGAGAGUGUGACCUCGUGCGAUGCUGGCUUUAGAGAAUUUUGCACGCUGAAACUGAAAAAAUAUACUAUUUUUAUUCCAACCCUAUGAUAAUGGAGGUAUAUAGUAAUUUAACAUUGUAUUUUUUUAAUAAUUAAAAAUUGUUUGUAUAUAGUACAAGUUGUAAUAGAAUUGUGAGUCGGAACGAUGUAUAUAACGAAAGAAUGUGAUUAAGAAACCGAUUCCGUAGUCUGCCUUCAAAGGUUGGAUCAGAUGUUAUCGCGAGAAGUAUAUCUAAACGUUAUAAUUUAAAAUAUUCGCUGUAUUUAAAUAGCUUGAUUGUUUAACAUUAAACAAGCGAACAAAGUGGCUGGUGACUGAUUGUAUGGAUUGUAACUAGUGGGAUGUGACGUGAAAGUCAGGCUCUAUGUUUGUUUAAAAGCCAAAGUUAGGAAGGUGUGUCCCAGCGACUGAAGUGUGACAAUUUUACCUAAAUAGUAGUAUUUUGUACAACGCUACUACAUAUAUGUAUGUGUAUAGACGAUUUUGUUAGGGUCUUCAUAAUUAUUGUGAAUAUACAGUAAUUUACUCCUAGAAGCAUUACUCUAGAUAUAGAUAAUGGUAAUAUGAACUAUAUUAUAUACUGAAAUUUGUAAAUAUACUGUAAACAAAAGUCCAUUGUAGCUUAUGUUGACCAGAAAGGUUCCUCAUACCCAAUAAAUGCAAAACUACUCAAAA